CUCGCACGCGCCUUCAUUUCCUUCCCUCCUUCCCCUGCCCGCCCGGAGCCAGCCAGCCAGCCAGCCUUGACUGUUGCUUCGCGGCGCCGCCCCCCGUCUCCCACCCGCAGCGUCCAGAACAAUCCCUCCCCCGCUCCGCCCGUCGACAACGUCGACACACCGACCGACCGACCCGUCGAUUCCCCGCCACCUUCCCCUCCCCUCCCCUCCCCUCCCCUCCCCUCCGUCACCCCCCACAUUCCACGCAUCUCGAUCGAACCUCCCUUGCCUUUUACCGCCCACCCAGCCCCUCGCCCGUUCCCGAGAAAGAUAACCAGGACGGACGGACGGACGGAGGGGGGAAAGCUCGCGCGGCGCGCAAACCGGAGCACUGGUCCGGCCGGAGCACGGGAGCAGAGCCCGUAGCGGAGCGCCGGCCGGCCGCGCAGGCGGAUCGACGAGCUGGUGGCCGUUUCGGUUGCAGAGUCGUACGUAACCGUACGUGCGUGCCAUGAAGAAGAAAGACGCGGGAGGAGGCGGCGGCGGCGGCGGUGGAGCGUUCGUCGCCGUCCCGUGCGUGGACAUCAAGCUCUUCGUCGCCUCGCUCGCCUUCCUCACGCUCUUCGUCGCAUUGUGGCAGCUCCAGCCCUACGGCUCCCUCCUCGCCGCCGCCCGCUCCUCCGCCUCCGCGCCCCCCUGCGCCCUCCCCCUCGCCAACAACACUGAGGUCCACUCCGCCAACUCAACGUCCUCCGACACGGCCACGAAGAGCGCACCGGUGGCGACGCCGGCUCCGGCCACCCCCGCCGUUCCGAUGCGGCUGGCGAAGCCGGCGCCGCGGACGGAGGACCCGAACAAGCCGGUGCUCCCUCGGCCGCACGUAAGCGCGGCGGCGCGCGCGGAGGAGCCGAACACGAACAAGCCGGUGCUCCCUCGGCCGCACGCAAGCGCGGCGGCGCGGGCGGAGGAGCCGAACACGAACAAGCCGGUGCUCCCUCGGCCGCACGCAACCGCGGCGGCGCGGGCGGAGGAGCCGAAAAGGCCGGUGCCCCGGCCGUCCGGCACCGCGGCGGUGCGCCCGGAGGACCCGAACAAGCGGGUGCUCCGGCCGUACGGCAGCGCGGCGGCGCUGUUCGUGCAGAUGGGCGCGUACCGGGGCGGGCCGCGGACGUUCGCCGUGGUGGGGCUGGCGUCCAAGCCCACGCACGUGUUCGGCACCCCCUACUUCAAGUGCGAGUGGCAGCCCAACCCGAGCGCCGCCGACCCGGCGCCGCGCGCCGUCCGGACCAAGGCCUACAAGAUCCUGCCGGACUGGGGGUACGGCCGCGUCUACACCACCGUCGUCGUCAACUGCACCUUCCCCGCCAACCCCAACGCCGCCAACGCCGGCGGCAGGCUGCUCGUGCACGCCUACCACUCCACCGCCUCCCGCCGGUACGAGCGCUUCGUGGCGCUGGAGGAGGCGCCGGGCGCCUACGACGAGUCCGUCUUCAGCCCGCCGUUCCAGUACGACUACCUCUACUGCGGCUCCUCGCUCUACGGCAACCUCAGCGCCGGCCGCAUGCGGGAGUGGGUGGCGUACCACGCGCACUUCUUCGGGCCCAGGUCGCACUUCGUCUUCCACGACGCCGGCGGCGUCAGCCCGGAGGUGAGGGCGGUGCUGGAGCCGUGGAUCAGGGCGGGGCGGGUCACGGUGCAGGACAUCCGGGCGCAGGCCGAGUUCGACAGCUACUACUACAACCAGUUCCUGGUGGUGAACGACUGCCUGCACCGGUACCGGCACGCCGCCAACUGGACCUUCUUCUUCGACGUCGACGAGUACCUCUACCUGCCCAACGGGCAGGCUCUGGACCAGGUGCUCGGCAGGCUCUCGGGGUACACGCAGUUCACCAUCGAGCAGAAUCCCAUGUCCACCAAGCUCUGCGUCAAGAAUCCGAGGAAUGAUUACUCAAGAGAAUGGGGAUUCGAGAAGUUCGUGUUCCGCAACUCGAUCACGAGGGUGCGGCGCGACCGCAAGUACGCGAUCCAGGCGCGGAACGCGUACGCGACGGGGGUGCACAUGUCGCAGAACGUCUACGGGAGGUCAACCCACAAGACGGAGGCCCUGAUCAGGUACUACCACUACCACAACUCCAUCAACGUGCUGGGGGAGCCCUGCCAGGAGUUCGUGCCGAGGCCCGGCGGCGGCCGCAAGGUCACCUUCGAGGGCGUCCCCUACGUGUACGACGACGCCAUGAAGCGCCUCGCCGGCGAGAUCCGGCGGUUCGAGAACGAGACCAUCGGAUCGUCGUCUCAUACAUAAUAUACAGUAACAAGCAGCUGCUGGAGGUGGCUGCUGCCUGCUGGUACAUAUGCGCUGAUGUUUAUUUAGGAUGUGUGGAGUCUGUUUUGUUAGAGGCAGGUCGGCUGGUGUAAAGUUUUGGUUCUUCUUUGGGCUGGCCCUUCGCUAAUGGGGAUCUGCUUUUUGCUGCGUUUUCUUCGUCUUUCUCUUCACCUUUUUCUGCUUGUCCCCCACAUCCGUAUAGAUCUGUGUGUGUAGACUGAUGAUGUUGGCUUUUUACUACUGCUGCUAGAUUCUUUCAUCUCAUUCUGGGGUCACAUACACACAGUGUCAAAAAGUGAGGCGUUUCUGCCUUUUGUUGUUACUCCUA